AUGCCAACAUAUCGUGAUGGAAAUUUACAAGUAGCUAUUUCAACAAGUGAUACUGGGCCUCACAUAGCUCAAAAACUGAGACAACACAUAAUUGAAAAUAUACCAAAAAAUAUUUCAAAUGCUGCCAGAAAUGCUGCUUUAUUAACACAACUUGCUAGUGCAGAAAAUAUAUUAAAACUUCCAAAAAUUGCUGAUAAAUUAUCACUUAAUCAAUUUGCUCAGUUAUCAGAACCUGAAAUUAAAAAAUUGACUGAAAAAAAUGAAUCCAAUGAUAAUGAUAUGGUUUCAAUUUCAAAAUCAAAUUUAUCAUUGAAAUCAAAAAUAGGCAUUGAAAUUAAUACUAAUGAAGGUGGAUUGAAACUUGUGAAUGGUAGUAUAGCUAUAGAACAUGUGGCUUAUGCUUUAACUAGUCCUAUUUUUAUUUAUCCAGCUACAAGAUCAUACUAUCUUGGUGAAUUAAGUUUAUAUUGGUCUUCACAAUCACUUAAUAAUGCAUUUGGAGAAAUUAAUCAUGUAAUAAAGGCUGAUACUUGUUUUGGUGCAUCUACCAUGUUACUUACAGUCAAAGACUAUUUUAUGUAA